AUGUCAAUAAAUGGACUUAUCACCCGUGAAAGUCCCACAGCGCCCUUUGUUCCGUUGGAAGGAGAAAAAUCGAAGGGGUACUGCCCAACUUCCAUCCUGCAACUCUUCCCACUGGGACCUAACGGGAAAGCGGUGCGAAACUAUGAACACGCGAUGACACUUAAAGGACGUUUGUUUGUGACUUCCUUGCGAGUCGUUUUCGUGAGUGAAAAAACUUCACAGGAUGAGAAAGCACCGAAAGGCUCUCCAGGAUCGAUAGAUAAUGUGGCAAUUCUCUAUCGACAAAUGACUUUCCAGGGGCGUGACGACGUUCCUCCGCAUCUGGUUAUGCCUUGGUUGGGUUCAAAUUACGUUAGUUUCAAGUUUAACAUCUUACCUGAGCAGAUCGAAGGGAACAGGAAUUGGCUGAAUUUCAUGUACACCUGGGAAGCGAACGCGUACGUCGAAGGGAAUCGAUCAGGUUUGAGAGACAUAUUUGUACUUCACAGUACGUUGAAAGAGGCUAUCACUGACCAUUUAACAUCACAAAAUGCCGGCCAGCCCACUGAAGAUGUGGAACCAUUACCGUUUUACGAACCUUGA